AUGUCUGAUUCAGAAGAUGAAGGUAAGAUUCAAGAUUUUAAAGAAAUAUCUGAAGAAAUAGAAAAAUGUAAAAAAAAUCCAGAAACAUCUGGAAUGUUCGUAUCUGGUUGGGAUGACGCCGAUCAAGAUGUUAAUAUCGUUAAAGAUCCUAAAGCUAAUCCAGUUGAUCAUGUCUUGUGGGCUGCUGAAAAUGGAGAACUUCGAAUUCUUAAAGAACUAUUAAGUAAACAACCAGGACUUGUCCAUGCAAGGGAUUCUGAUGGCUAUACUCCUCUACACAGAGCUGCUUAUAGUAAUCACAUUAAUGUGAUAUCAUAUCUACUUAGUGUGAAGGCUAAUGUUGGUGCAAAAACUGAAAUGGGAUGGACACCACUGCACUCUGCAUGUAACUGGAAUAAUUAUGCUUCUGCUGCAAGAUUACUAGCAGCAGGUGCAGAUCCUUGUGCUUUGUCAGAUGGAGAUCAAUCACCUUUGCAUUUGGCGUCAGCAAUCAGUCACUGUAAAUCAACUUUACUCAUUUUGCUUCUCCGGGAAGAUGUUGUGGAAAUAUCUAGAAAACCAAAUAAAUCUGAAGAAACACCGGAGCAAUUAGCUCGUAGCCAUGGAAUUUAUUCAUAUUUAUUUGAUAUGGUCCUUCCUGCAGCUUCACAUAUUCGUUCCUUGUCAUUCACUUGCAAUCCAUAUGUGAGAACU